AUGCCUAUUCCAGCGAUCGUGAUAUUUGAGAUUAUCCCGACCAUUGCCCACGUAUUAGAGACCGUCGGCCUCUUGGGCGCGAUUGGAGGUUCAAUGGGUGGUUGGUGCGCACUCCAUUGCCCGCCGCGCGACAUUGGGCAACUCAUCAGCACGGAUACUCCAGUCAAUUCCCCGGGUGACGGUGUUGGACCUUGUAAUGUUCCUCAGUACAAUUUCGACAUGUGCCGCGAUGCCGUCAAGAACAUUCAAGUGACGAGUUCGAACCCCAGACCAGGAGUGGCACAGUUUGACAAUGUUCCCUUUCAAUGCAUGGAUCUCGUCACGGUCUUGGCUGGAUCCUGCGACGGCGAAGGCGCGCGUCCAGUACCCUGUGGAUCGGCUUGUGUCCAGUACACUGGAUUGACGGAUGCGCAAAUGGGCAGUCUUUCAUUGUCUCUAAACGCUCAUUAA